AUGAGAAAUAUUAAACUGAAAGACAUUCCAAGCUUCAUUAGAGUCACUACUUUGGAUGACAUUAUGUUUGACUUCUUGGGUUCUGAGGCACGAAAUUGUUUGAAAUCAUCUUCAAUUAUCAUUAACACAUUUCAAGAGUUGGAUGGAGAAGCCCUUGAUACCCUUAGAGCCAAGAACGCGAACAUAUAUACAAUUGGUCCACUUGACUUGCUUGGUAGGCAUUUUCUUGUAAAAGAAAAGGGCUUCAUGUCAGUUGGGUCAAGUUUAUGGAAAAAUGACUCAAACUGCUUAACAUGGUUAGACAAAUGGGAACCCAACUCGGUCGUAUAUGUUAAUUAUGGAAGUAUAACAGUAAUGACAAAUCAUCACUUGAAAGAAUUUGCAUGGGGACUGGCAAAUAGCAAGCUACCUUUCUUAUGGAUAAUAAGGUCAGAUGUAGUUAUGGAUGAAUCUGUAGCUUUAGCACAAGAGUUCUUUGAUGAGAUCAAGGAUAGGGGAUACAUAGCAAGUUGGUGCAUUCAAGAGAAAGUGCUUUCUCAUCCAUCUGUUGGGGUCUUUCUAACCCACUGUGGCUGGAAUUCUACCCUUGAAAGCAUAUAUGCUGGUGUGCCUAUGAUUUGUUGGCCUUUCUUUGCUGAACAACAAACAAACUCCAGGUAUGUAUGCGAACUUUGGGAGAUAGGAAUGGAAAUUAAUCAUGACGUGAAGAGAGACGAGAUAACAAAACUUGUAAUCGAAAUGAUAAUGGGAGAAAAAGGAAUGGAAAUAAGACAAAAAUCUGCAGAGUGGAAGAAGAAAGCAGUAAGAGCCACUGAUAUUGGAGGGUCUUCUUACAACAACUUCCAGAAGUUAAUGAAAGAUGUUUUUCACCAGAAUGUUUGA